AUGAAAUUUGCAGGUGUGGUGGCGUUGUAUGGAGUCAUUGUCGGCGGUAAGGUUUUGAGAUUAUUGGCGACGGAUGAAUGUAAGAGUCGGUUAUUGGGGUGUUCGUUGAAGAAGCCGCUGGACUGUUCGGUGAUUUGCGAACCCGGUCCGGCGUUGGUUGAAUCUGCAGUGAGCGCGGCGGCGGGCGCUGCGAUCUUGGUGCCAGAGAGUCCGUUGGACAACAACGAGCCGCCGGUGGCAGACGAGAACCCGUCUCGGCGUAUAUUAUCGGAGGCUGAAGCGGGAGUGGAGGCGAAGUUUGGAGCAGCGGAGAUCGGAGGAGUUCCCGCGGUUGCAGUGGCGGAGGCAGGCGAGCUACUACGUAACGAGGACGAGGCGAAGGUCGGGUUUGAGGAAGUGGGCUCCGUGCCACGAGUGGGAGGUGGAGACGAGCCAGUGUGGGCGGCCAGCGAGGCUGCGGCAGGUGUGCAAGGUGGUGGGUCAGAAGGUGGUGUGGGUAGGUGUCAGAAUGUCUGCGUCGAUAAUCGGAUUCAGCUGUGCGUAUUGGAUAAUUUAUGUGACGAGCCCAUCCAGUUGACGGAGCAGUGGAACAUUACGCACUUUUGUCUUGCGAGCAAUGGACAUAAGGGCGGCUGGGGCUUCCGACUACCGUUGGCGGUGGCCGUGGACCCCUUCCGGAUCCAGCAAUUGGUCUUCGACUCGGAACUAUUUCCCGCUACCGAGCCACAACACAUUGUCCAAGACCCUACCAUCGAACUUCAAGUCGGAGUCAUGAUCGAUAACGCUCCUCAAUACGCUGAUUCCGUCAUGCAUAGCUGUCUCAUCGAAGAUAACCCUGGCAUUAACACCAUCGCCACUCUAGCCAACACACAACUCACUGACGGCUCACGACGCAUACAUUUCGAACUCAAUGACCCCGUCUUCCCCACUGAGAAGAAUAUUAUCAAGGGUGAGACGUUCUUGCUCACCAUUACCGCACCCGCCGUAACACUCGCAAACGGCGGCACCAUCCCCCCUCCACUCGACAAGACCCUGCUCACUCUCGUACACACUCUUGGCUAG